GCGAGCAGAGAAACCUCAGACCCUGUUUAGGCCAUGGAAACGGGGAGCGCAGCCAGGACGAACGGCACCGCCAGCAAGCCCGAGGACGUGAAGAGCCCAACUGCUCCCAAAAAAGAAGAAGAAGCCAAGAAGGCCACGAGCCCUGGCGGAGGUGAGAAAGAAGCUAUAAAAGGCACGGGCGGUGCUGCGUUGGAGACAGGGCAAAUCAAGAGCUCCCUCUUCUCUGGGAGUGACUGGAAGAGGCCCAUCAUUCAGUUUGUGGAGUCAUCCGACGAGAAGAGGUCAACCUACUUCAGCAUGGACUCGGCAGACUCCAAGAAGAUGCAGUUUGCCAGCGGCCAGAUCGGAGACAUGAGGAGACCAGCCCUGAACUUCCCGGAGAAGGGCGACCUCAGGAAGUCCCUCUUCUCCUUGGAUUCCAAAAAGAGCUUCCUGCCCGCUGACGGGGAAGGGAGGAAGUCCCUGUUCUCUGCAGGGCAGAUGGGGGAGCUGAAGAAGUCUUCCCUGCCUCUGGUGGAGACGGGGGACCUGAGAAGACCCUUCAACAAGGCCGACAGAGCGGCGGGCUCGCGGCCCCGCGUGAAGCUGGAGGACGUUCUCUGCGACUCCUGCAUCGACAACAAGCAGAAGGCUGUGAAGUCCUGCCUGGUGUGCCAGGCUUCCUUCUGCGAGCUGCACCUCAAGCCCCACCUGGAGGGAGCGGCCUUCCGGGACCACCAGCUCCUGGACCCCAUCAGGGACUUCGAAGCCAGGAAAUGCCCUGUGCAUGGCAAGACCAUGGAGCUGUUCUGCCAGACAGACCAGAUGUGCAUCUGCUACCUCUGCAUGUUCCAGGAGCACAAGAACCACAGCACGGUGACAGUGGAGAUCGAGAAGGCGGGCAAAGAGACCGAGCUGUCGCUGCAGAAGGAGCAGCUGCAGCUGAAGAUCAUCGAGGUGGAAGAUGAGGUGGACAAGUGGCAGAAGGAGAGGGACCGCAUCAAGAAUUACACCACCAACGAGAAAGCCACGGUGGACCAGCACUUCAAGGAGCUGAUCCGUGACCUGGAGAGGCAGAGGGAUGAGGUGAAGGCUGCCCUGGAUCAGAGGGAAAAGAUCGCCUCAGAGAACGUGAAGGAGAUCGUGGAUGAGCUGGAGGAGAGGGCGAAGCUGCUGCGGGAGGACAAGGAGAACAGGGAGCAGAUCCACCAGAUCAGCGACUCCGUGCUCUUCCUGCAGGAAUUUGGGGCUCUGAUGAGGAAUUAUGUGCCCCCUCCAUCCCUGCCAACCUACAGCGUGCUGCUGGAAGGGGAGAGCAUGAGCCCAUCCAUGGGGCUGCUCAGGGAUGACCUCCUCAACGUCUGCAUGAGGCACGUGGAGAAGAUCUGCAAGGCAGACCUGGGCCGCAACUUCAUCGAGAGGAACCACAUGGAGAACGGGGACCACCGGUUCAUGAUGAACAACUACGAGUGGAACCAGCCCGACAACCUGAAGAGAUUCUCCAUGUUCCUGUCUCCCAAAGCCAAUUUCAACCCACGGUCAUGGGAAUUUUCCUCCUUCCAAGCGACCGAGGAAACACUUGUAGGCAAUGGCACUAAGCUGCCUUUUCAGUUCUCCUCGGUGGGACAGAAUCCGCCCGGUGACUUCAGCAAACAGUCUGACGGGAGCCUCUUCACUAAGACCGCCUACCCUUCCAUAGUGAGGCACCAGUCUGCAAAGGUGACACCACAGACGUGGAAAUCCUCCUCCAAGCAGUCUGUAUUGUCCCAUUACCGCCCCUUCUACGUCAGCAAAGGCAACGGAGCCACCUCCAACGAGGCGCCCUGAGCUGCUGAGGACGAGAGGAGAGCCAAGCUCAGCUGAGGAUUGUCACACAUGUCCCUGCUCCCACCACCCCUCCUGCUCCAGGGGCCACCCCUGCCCUCAGCACAGCAGGACUUUUCCCUCUGCUGUCCCCUCCUUGUCCCCUCCUUGUCCCCUCCCUGUCCCCCCAGCUGCUCUGCCCUUCCUGGGAAUUGUGGAUGCUUGGGUGGCACCCCCUGCUAGGCAGCUGUCCCCUUGUCCCCAGAGCUGUCACACCCCGCUGGAUGCCCCAGAGCUCAUCCCAAGCUCCAGCUUUUCCUCUCCACCCUGGGGACACUCAGCUCCCGCUGGGGUCACAUCUCCUGGUGGCAUCACAGGGUCCCCAUUAGCUCAGCUCUGCUCCUCACCUGCCCAAAAAAUGAGCAGGGUUUUUCCAGAGCUGGGAAGUGUGGCACCCCCUGCUAGGCAGCUGUCCCCUUGUCCCCAGAGCUGUCACACCCCGCUGGAUGCCCCAGAGCUCAUCCCAAGCUCCAGCUUUUCCUCUCCACCCUGGGGACACAUCCCCUGGUGGCAUCCCAUGUCCCCAGGGUCCUCCAUCAGCUCAGCUCUGCCCAAAAAGCCCAGCAGGGUUUUCCCAGAGCUGCUGGAGGAGGACAGGGAGGCUUUCCUAGCCCAUUCAAGUGCCCCUCCAGCCACAUUUUUGAAUUAAGAAAUAAAAAGCAAAUCCAUCCUAGUAAUACAAGAUUGAUUAGAUGCCAUAGGUGCUGGGUGCUUUUCUAGUUUGUGGUGGUUUUUCUUAAUUCCCUUAAACCAAAAUUGAUUUAUACGCUGUAGUUCAUGUAUUUUAUAUUUUUUUCCCCUGCAGUGGGCAAUGAGAAUUACUGCCACAGCUUUUUUAUUUUGCUCAGGAUAAUAUUUUUGUAUUUGUCCCCUGGACAGAUGAAUCACAUCCAGGGCUGGAGAACCAUCCCAUGAUCUCCCUGAGGUGAUUUUCCCUCUCCAUGGACAAGCCAAGGGGUUCAUUCCAUGCAGUGCAGGGGGAGAAAUGGGAAUAAGAGCCCUCAAAUGCUGAAAACCAAGACCUAACAGCUCCUUUUCAUGGUUUGCUCUAUUCAAGCAGUUUUGGAAUGGCUUCCCCCCACUUUUUCCUGCUUGCAGCACCUUGCUGAGGGAGGUCCCACUUGAAAAUCCUUCCUGGCUCAUCCCUUUGCAAAGAUACUCAUGGCUUUUUAACCCAACACCUCACCCAAAACUCCUGGGGCUGAAUGUUGGUCACCCCAGAGCACUUGAAAUGUCACUUUAUGAUGAUUUUUAAUUUUUUUUUCCCUAUAAAGACCAGAGGGGGAAGGGGCUGGCGUGGUAGGGCAGGACGUGACAAAAGGGAUGUGAAAAAAAGGGAUGGAAUUGCUGGGAAAAGCACUGAGGGGUUUGAGGAUGUGUGUGAAGGGACAAAACCAGCCCCCUCCAGGUCUCACUGUUUUGCCCUUGAGCAGGUCCAGUAAAACCUUGCACCACCUCCUUUUUAUGCUCCAAAACAUGUAAAUGUUUUUCCUUUUCCUCCUCCUCCUCCUCCUCAGCUUGGAUGUUAACCCCUCCCAUCCCUGAUCAAGGCUGUGUGGUGCCAGCGGGACCCUGCCCAAGGCCACCACUGUCCCUUUCCUCCUGCUGUCCCCUCUGUGCCCCCACAGCCUCUUUGCUCCCCAAGGGCCUCCCCAGCCCUGCACACCCAAAUUCCCACAAGGAAUGGAGCUGCUCCCCCUUUGCCUCAGCCCUGGGGACGCCAGGACCCUGCUGGGGUCCCCCUUUUCCCCCUGGGAUGGGGCACGGGGGGUUCUGGAACCCCCCCUGUGCUUCCUGGGGGGGUUCCAGCCGGGCUUUGGGGUGUGCAGGAGCUCUUUGGAUCAUGUCUUGGUCAGCAAAGCCUGAGGGAUGAUGAUGAUGAUGAUGAUGAUGAUGAUGAUGAUGAUGAUGAUGAUGAUGAUGAUGACGAUGAUGAUUCCUCCUCAGACAGGGCAGGGGGGCUCUGCUGGUGAUGUAAAGGAGGCCCCUCACUGUGCACCACACUGCAGAAAUAAAGGAGAAAGCUCCAUG